AUGAAGUCCUCCAAUCCCCUCUAUAUUCUCGGCUUUCUCACUGUUGCACUUGUGGCUAGCCAUGCUGCCUUGCCGCCUGAACUCUACUGGAAAUCUGUCCUGCCAAACACACCCAUGCCAAAAGCUGUUAGUGAUCUUCUGGAACCAGACUUCUUGGAAGACAAGAGCACUACGGUAAACGUUGGAAAGGGCAGUGGCGUGAACGUGAACACCGGCAAGGGGAAACCCAGCAGUCGAACAAACGUCGACGUCGGCAAAGGUGGAGUGGUUGUCAACGCCGGUAAACCUGGGGGCAGAACAAACGUCGGCGUAAGCAAAGGUGGUGUUGGCGUCAGCACCGCAAAGCCCGACGGCGGAACAAACGUCGGAGUAGGCAAAGGCGGAGUAUCAGUAAACACAGGAGGAAAAGGAAAGAGGCCCGUUUACGUCGGAGUAAGCCCGACGUAUAACCCAUUCUUGUACAGUUACGCUGCCACCGAGGAUCAACUACACGACAACACCAACGCAGCAAUCUUCUUCCUGGAAAAAGACAUCCACGCUGGCAAAGUAAUGAACUUGGACUUCACCGAAAGCCACCAUGUGUCGACCUUCUUACCUCGACAAGUGGCUGGUUCGAUACCCUUUUCAUCCGAGAAGCUGCCCGAGAUCCUGAACCAGUUCUCGGUUGAACCCGAGUCCCAAGAAGGCAAGACGAUGAAGAACACGGUAGAGGAAUGCGAGAGGCCCGCGAUCAAAGGAGAGGAGAAGUACUGUGCCACAUCGCUCGAGUCGAUGGUUGAUUUCAGCACCUCAAAGCUUGGGAGGAAUGUUGAGGCGAUCUCUACAGAAGUGAAGGGCAGAGAAGGUCAGAUGAAGCAGGAGUAUGAGAUCAAAGACGGAGUAAAGAAGUUGCCAGGUUAUAGGUCUGUGGUUUGCCACAACCAGAAGUAUGCUUACGCUGUGUUCUACUGCCAUACAACACAAACCUCAAGGGCGUACGUCGUUCCUAUGGAGGGUGCCGACGGAAAGAAGGUGAAUGCAGUCGCCGUGUGUCAUACGGAUACUUCAGGGUGGAACCCCAAGCAUUUGGCUUUCCAGCUGCUGAAAGUUAAACCAGGGAGCGUUCCAGUCUGUCAUUUCCUUCCUCAGGAUCAUAUUGUCUGGGUUCCCAAGAAGUAG